UUUGGCCAGACAGGGAGUCUUUGUGGUACAGUGGACAAAGAGCCGUUCUCAGUUUACUGCCGCCUGUCUCACAGGGUCACAGUGGAACACACGGGACACCAAACCCAGCCGGACUCCGACCCAACGCCUUCUCCUGUCUACUGGUUUUACUCCUCGUCUGUAGGGAGACGACAUGAAGCGCUGCCUUGGAUUAUUCCUGCUGGUUUGUUGUGGGAUGCUCAGUAUAGGUUCUGGACUUCGCUGCUACAAGUGCGCUGAUUACACAGGACGCUGUCAGAACGUGCAGGAGUGCACGUAUGAAGACUCCUGUAUAUCUCUGAGUGAGAGAGGUGGAAAGACCAUCCGUCAGUGUAUCAGGUACACAGACUGCGACAACUCUCGUCUCUCCCAGAUGUUUCCGGCGAUCUCCGGCUUCACCUACCGCUGCUGCAGCAGCAACCUGUGUAAUUCCGGCAGCACUGUUACCACGGCAACGCCAGCCCUGGCUCUGGGUCUGGCUCUGGCAGGGUCCCUGCUGAGCGUUUGGUGGUGUUGGAUCUAAAAUAACUGCAGGUUUUAACAGUUCAGUGUUUCAGGAUUUAAUGACUGAAGUUUUGUAAAGUUAACACAAACUAAAUGUGUUGUUGAGUGUUUGUUUCUAGUCUUACAGGUUCUCAGGUCAAUGAAGAAUGACUUUUUAAUUUUGUACUUUUUAACAGUUUAACAAUAAAUACAAGAAAAAAAUUAAAA